AUGGCUCAAGGGACUUUGAUCUGUAUUGGACAGAGCCAGUUUUGCAUCAUCUUGCUCCUGGCAUCAUUUGGACUGUCCUUUGUAAAGGCCACUGAAUGUCCUCAGCUUUGUGUGUGUGAGAUCAGACCUUGGUUUACACCCCAGUCCACUUACAGGGAAGCCACAACUGUUGAUUGCAAUGACCUUCGCCUUACACGAAUCCCUGGCAACCUGUCCAGUGACACGCAGGUGUUGCUUCUGCAGAGUAACUACAUUGCCAGGACAAGUGAGGAGCUGGAGCAACUUUUCAACCUGACUGAGCUUGACCUAUCCCAGAACAACUUCAGCAACAUACGUGAUGUGGGCCUGACCAACAUGUCCCAGCUCACCACAUUGCACUUAGAGGAGAACCAGAUCACUGAGAUGCCUGACUACUGCCUGCAGGAUCUUACUAACCUGCAAGAGCUCUACAUUAACCACAAUCAAAUCAACACUAUUGCACCCAAUGCUUUCUACGGGCUGCGAAACCUGCUAAGGCUCCACCUGAACUCCAACAGGCUGAAGGCUAUCGAUAGCCGUUGGUUUGAUUCAACCCCCAACUUGGAAAUCCUAAUGAUUGGGGAAAAUCCUGUAGUUGGCAUCUUGGAUUUGAACUUCAAACCUCUUGUUAACUUGAGAAGUCUGGUGUUGGCAGGAAUGGAACUGACUGAUAUCCCAGGAAAUGCAUUUGUUGGACUAGAAAACCUGGAAAGCCUUUCUUUCUAUGAUAACAAGCUUGUUAGGGUACCACAGAAUGCCCUACAGAAACUCACAAAUUUGAAAUUCUUGGAUUUGAACAAGAACCCAGUCCACAAAAUCCAGGAGGGAGACUUUAGAAAUAUGCUAAGGCUUAAGGAACUUGGCAUUAACAACAUGGGUGAGCUUGUUUUAAUUGAUCGGUUUGCUCUUGAUAAUCUUCCAGAGUUGACCAAACUGGAGGCCACCAACAACCCAAAGUUCUCUUACAUUAACCGGCUAGCCUUCCGUGAUGUGCCAUCCCUGGAAAGCCUCAUGUUGAACAAUAAUGCCCUAAAUUCUCUCUACCAGGCCACCGUAGAGUCUCUGCCCAACCUCCGGGAGAUCAGCAUUCACAGCAACCCACUACGCUGCGACUGUGUAAUCCAGUGGAUGAGUUCAAACAAGACUAGUAUUCGGUUUAUGGAGCCACUCUCCAUGUUCUGUGCGAUGCCGCCUGAGGUCAGAGGCCAGCAUGUAAGAGAGGUGCUUCAACAUGACUCUGCCGACCAGUGUCUGCCUAUGAUAUCUCAUGACACCUUCCCUAACCACCUGAACCUGGACAUUGGCAUGACAGUUGACCUAGACUGCCGUGCUAUGGCUGAGCCCGAGCCAGAGAUCUACUGGGUCACUCCAUUAGGUAACAAGGUCAUGAUGGACACUGUGUCUGACAAGUACCACCUCAGCAGCGCGGGAACCUUACGCAUAUCUCACAUCCAGGUUGAUGACUCAGGUCAUUAUACCUGCGUGGCCCAAAACACAGAAGGAGCUGACACCAGAGUGACCGCCAUCCGGGUCAACGGGACCCUCCUAGACAGCACCCAACUCAUGAAGAUCUAUGUGAAACAUACUGAGUCCCACUCCAUACUGGUGUCUUGGAAAGUCAACUCCAAUGUUAUGACCUCCAAUCUCAAGUGGUCAUCAGCUACCAUGAAGAUUGAUAACCCACACAUCACUUACACAGCCAGGGUCCCAGUGGAUGUCCACGAAUAUAACCUUACUCACUUGCAGCCAGCCACAGAGUACGAGGUCUGUCUGUCGGUCUCAAAUAUCCAUCAACAGACACAGAAAUCCUGCGUCAACGUCACGACCAAGCACGCUACUUUUGCUGUGGAGAUCUCUGACCAAGGCACUAAUACAGCUCUUGCUGCUGUCAUGGGCACAAUGUUUGCCAUAAUUAGCCUGGCCUCUAUUGCAGUGUACAUAGCAAAAAGGUGGAAGAGGAAGAACUAUCACCACUCCUUGAAGAAGUACAUGCAGAAAACUUCCUCAAUUCCUCUGAAUGAGCUCUAUCCACCACUCAUCAACCUUUGGGAAGCAGAUAGUGAGAAGGACAAAGAGGGCUCCUCAGAAACCAAGCCCACCCAGGUGGACACAACGAGGAGCUAUUACAUGUGGUGA